CGCCAAAAUGGCGGCGCUCGGGCGUGGAGGUGGUGCUCAGCUGGCGGAUAGAGGUGUGGUGCCGGUGGAAGCUGGGGAAGUGCCCAAGGACAUCAAGAUGGCAACAUACACUCAUGGUCAGCCCAGGUCUUUUCUAGAAGAUGCAAAAUUCAGAAGACCAACAGUCACUGAAAUUAUAGAAAAAAAAUUGGAAUAUCUUAGAAAAGAAAAUAAGAACUUAAAUAUAUAUGGAUCAGUGUUUUAUGGAACAACAGCUGGUUUCUCUGGAAUAUUAGCAAACUUCAUUUUCAGAUACUGCUUCAAGGUUAAACAUGAUGCUUUGAAGACCUAUGCAUCGUUGACUACACUUCCGUUUCUGUCUACUAUAGUUACUUACAAACUCUUUGUAACUGAUGCUUUGUAUUCAGGUAAUAUAAGCCAGGAGAAUUGUGUUGUGAGAAGUUCACUGGUUGGCUUAGUAUGCGGUGUUCUAUAUCCCAGUGCUUUGGCUUUUUCCAAAAAUGGACGCCUGGCAGCCAAGUAUCAUACUGUUACACUGCCACCAAAAGGAAGGGUUUUACUCCACUGGCUGCUGCUUUGUCAAACAGAGGUGAAAGCAAUGGCAUUUCCUCUAGUCUUUCAAAUGCUCAUUGGAAUACUUAAUGGUCUGCAGCAUUAUGCAGUGUUUGAAAGUACUCUGGAGAAGAAGACUUUACAUGAAGAUUAACCAACAAAUGGAUGGAUGCUAAAAUCAGCAGAAUGGAUUUCUUUAUGAUGAGGACUUAGGUAGUGCUGAAAGAGUUAAAAGUAACUCUGGACAGGCAACUUGUUUCUAUCCAUUCUGCCUGGUAUAUAACAGGUACUCAAUAAAUACUCAGUAAUUCAAUAAAUGUUAAAUUUCAUCUUUCCUUGUAUAUAUAAGUUUGGGGCCUCAAGGUCUGAUCUAUCCAUUUAUAUAUUCGUUCAUUCAUCAAACCUUUACUGAACACCUGCUAUGCCUCAAGCACUUUGUUAACAUGUAGUAAGAAAUGGUCUUUACCCAGAAGGAACUUACGAGAAGAGGAGUAAGAAACAUAGUAUGAGAGGGUUUGAGAGGUAUACACAUAAUUCUGUGGGGGUAUUGAGAAUGUGAUUAUUAACUACUGAGGCAGAAAGGGAGGCUAUGGGAGAAAAAAGUGACAUUUUCAAUAAAUUUUGAAGGAGGAGUUGGAAGUUCAUAAGAAAGCAAGGGAUGGAAAUGACAUACAGCCCACUCCUCUAUGCUAACUGUGAUUCUAGUUUCUUCUACAAAUUGUCUUUAUUGUGCUAUUUUAAAAAAUAUUUAUCAAAUGUUUAUUUGCCAUGCAUUAAGAUAGACACCAGGGAUACAAAUUUAUUAGUCUUUCCCCUCAAGAUUAAAAUCUAAAUAAAGAGCUCACAGUAUGCUUUUUAAGAGUCUGCUGUGUCAUCCCUGAGCUACAUAUUUAUCUUAUUUCAGGAAGUGAACACUGACAAUAAAAAUAAGUUACAGAAUGGAACCUCAGAGCUCAUUCUCCCUGUCCUAACCAUAUUCACCUUGAGAUUAAAGACUUGCUCAUCUGAGGCCCCAAGCAAUUCAAAGCAGAGGUGGAAGUCUUAACAAGGCAUUUUAUGACAUCACAAACCCUCUUGCUAAUCAAAACAAUGGCUAGUUAGCUGUCCUGCUCUAUGUUCUCAGAAUAAUUCAUGAUACUUGAAACCCUUUGAGGAGGAAAGGGUAGGUGAUGGCGGGAACCAAGUCAAAUAGAUAGACUGUUUUCAUAUUUUAAUGCCUUAAGAAAUUAUUACACAAUGAGUACAUGAAUAUCUUCUCAUUGUGAGAUAUUCAAAUGAUCCAGAAGUAGGUACAGCAAGAGUUGAAAGUUUCUCUUCACUUUUACUACAUCUUAUUUCUACUCCAUUCGCCAGAGGUAACCACCGUCAAGUUAGCAUGCCUCAUUCCUUAUUCUUUCAUUGAAUACACAUACUGAUAAAUGGGCAUAUAUACUUGUUUUUACAUAAAUGAGAUUAUUUAUGCAUAUUCUGGAAGUUAAUUUUUC